AUGGAAGCCAUGGAGAACAGACUUUGUGAGGCAGCAAUCAGUGGGGACGUGGAGUCAUUGCGCAAAAUACUUCAAGAUGACAAGCUGAUUUUAGAUAAGUUUGCGGUGCCAUGCUUUGGUUGGACUCCCUUGCAUGUGGCUGUAUCGCAUGGGCACACGGAUUUAGUGACAGAGCUGCUACUUCUCCAACCUAAACUAGCUCAAGUCUUGAACUCUGCAGGUCAGUCACCGCUUCACUUAGCAGCAGUCGCUCAUAUCUUGGACUCUGCAAAUCUGUUAUCGGUAGAAGCGGCCACUCAAGUCUCAGACCCCUCAAGUCAGUCGUCUUCUCACUUAGCCGAAGCUGCUCAAGUCUCAAACUCCACAGGCCCGUCACCGACCGUUCAAGUCUCAGACUCUGCAGGUCAGUUGUUACCUCACUUAGCAGGGGCCGUUCAAGUCUCAAACUCCACAAGUCAAUCACCUAUAGCAACGCCCGGUCAAGUCUCGAACUCCACCGGUCAGUCGUCAUUUCACUUAGCAAAGGCUGCUACUGCCCUUGAUAUUGUGAGAAAAUUGGUAGAUGCAGCCCUGAUAUGUGCAUGGUGCAUGAUCGAGAAGGUCGAAAUCCUGUUCAUAUUGCAGCAAUAA